ACUACUACGGCAUCACCGACAAAUGUUGAACAAAAUGCAUCUCCGGUUACACCGGUGAUCGGAAGUACUACGGUUCCACCGGGUUCUCAACAACAGCAUCCACCCCCAUCGCCGCUAAGCGGUUGUUACCUUCUCGUUGUGCUUCCAGAACCUCAUACCGCGCAACAUACAGAUCUCAUUUUGAAUCGCCUCGCAAAAGGUUUCCUGUCGUGGGAUAAGGAUAGUUGUCACGUAGAUUUAGAAAAAGAAUUAUUGGCGUUGGUGGCGCAAGCUCCCGAAGGAGAAGAAGCUAGAAAUGGCGAACGACUGAUCCAAUACGCCACCGAGAACCUUGUCACGGAGGUUCUCAUUCAUCCGCAAACGAACACUUUAUUACAGUGUAUUCGUAAUCUUCUUGCAAGUUUCACGAAACAUCGACACAUUAUACACGCCGGCUAUACCUUUGGUGGAAAUGGUUCCUGGAUAUUGCAAGAUGGAACCUUUAGUCUCGCUGAUUUUCUAGACGCGUUCAGUGAACACGAAGUGCAAAGAGUUCUUCGCGCCUAUGAGAACAGUGUCACAGUAGAUAUUCAUUGCGCCGGAGUCGGCGAGUGGACUACGAGUCGACUGUCGAAAGAAGCCUGUACCAGAUCCUGUCGAGUUCGAGUAAAUCCCGAUGACGUCCUCACGGCGGGUGUGCCUGCCAUCACCAGUUUCACGAAUUAUGUUGGACAAUAUCUCGUUGCCCAGACAUUGGACCAGCUUAUGGAGCCGUCCGAUGUGGUGGGCAACAUUAGAUUUAGUCAUCCAACUUUGUACGUCUUCCCUGGCGGUCAAGGCGAUGCCGCACUUUUCGGCAUCAACGGUUUCAACAUGCUGGUGGACGGUGGUUUCGCCAGAAAGGCAUGUUUCUGGGACUUCACCAGACACUUGGACCGUCUCGACGCGGUUCUGGUUACAAGAAUAAACAACAGUAACGUGGGAGGCAUGUCUAGCGUUCUCCGAAAGAAGCGGGAGAUGCACGUAUAUCCUCAAAUUGGACACUUUUUCUGCAACCUAGUCGAGAGAAGACAAUCCAAUUCACCGGACGGGGACAAAGACAUCGAUCCUUUGAUCUUGAAUCUUACCGACAUCGGCCAAGAGAUGGUGGUCGAUCUUCGCCGCAUCAAUUUGAAGGCCCACCCCUGCUACAGGGAUCCGGAUCCUAUCAAUCUCUACCACAAAGUAGGCCACGGCACCCUGGACAUGUACGUUCUCAGCCCGAACAAGGACAGCCGCGAAGUAAGGGAAUUCAUGGCGAAAUGGCACUCGUCCGAUUCGAAACUGUUCGCGGGAUCUCACAGAAAAGACUCGAACAACGUAACUUUUCCCAUUCAAAAUCUCGUCUCGAUAUGCGCGCUUCUGGUCUGGCAACCGGCCAAUCCGGAGGACACGAUCACGAGAAUUCUGUUUCCCGGCAGCACGCCGCAGCAAAAGAUCUUCGAAGGUUUCGAACGUCUGAAACACUUGGAAUUCCUGAAACAUCCGGUCUGCUCGGCGAAGAGUCUCUCGCCGUCCGCGUCAUUGGCGACGCUUCGCGACAAACCGGCCAGACAAAAGUUCAGCCUGAUAGAGAAAGACGCGAAGAAGGCGAGCACCGAGGCGAAGAAAGAAAAGAAGGAACCGUCCGACGGGAAAGGAGUGAAGGGUGAAGAAAUAGGAAAGGGCGGUACACCGAUCAUCCCGACGAAGCCUCAAGCGAUAGCUGCGGCGACGGCUGCGGCCGAGGCGAAGAUGAGAAAAGCCGCAGCGGAGAGUAAGAAAUUAGAGGUUGAAGGAAAAGAAACUAAAGAGAGCAAAAAGAUGGAGAAAGAAUUGAAGGAAGCGAAGAAAGAGAAGCAGCAGGAGAAGUCAGAGGUAGAAAAGCCUGAGAAACGUGACGAGACCGGUAAACCGGAAACGGAGAAAACGACGGUUGCUCCGAAGGAGCCGAAACCGCCAAAGACAUCGAGGGUGGACUCGAGAAGGAGAGAAACAAAGGAUGCAAAGGGAGUAGCCGCACCGAAAGCUGCAAAGAUCGAUACCGCGCCGAAGCCUAAGCCGAUCGAGAGGAGGGCAAAGCAACCGACUAGCGCGGACAAGAAGGAUACCGGUCCGGCCGUGAAAUCCUCGCCGACCACCCCGAAGAAGGUGGUGAACGGCGCGGCAACGAAGACGGAGAUAACCAGAGGAGGCGUCGCGAAAGGGAAGCCGACGGUAGGUCAUAGACCCGUGACCGCGGCCCCGGCGAAGAGCACCAAGGACGCGAAUAACAGAAAAGUGGUGGAGCAGAAGAACAUAGAAAAAUCGGCGAUAAAAGAAGCCGCACCGGGGACGGCUGUGAGCGCGUUGAAAGCGACGGCAAAACCGAAACCGAUGGAUAGAAAAGGAGGUAUCAGUCGUCGGGGCAAGCCGGUCAGCCCGAGCAAAGCUCGCGUGCCCGGUAGCCCGGCGAAAUCGACUCGCAGCACGCCCACGGCUUCCGUCAAGUCCGACAAAGACGGCGUCGUUCGUAAAACGAAGGGCGACAGGGGCACGACCGAUUCGUCCACAGUGUCGACUCCCUCAGGAAUCGAAGCGGAAGCGGGAACGCGGCUCGUAGACAAGGGUCUGAUGGAAAAGUCGGAGGACAUUUCGUUGGAUUCGAUCGAGAGCAAAGUAUUGGCGGACCUGAAAGAGGAACGCGAAGUGGUGGAGGAGAUCGAGGCGGUUCUCCAGAAGGCGGAACGUAUCGAAGAAGGCGCGAGGAAGGACGAUCGUUUCGAGGGUGACGACGAAAUUACCGCGGAGGUAACCGAUAAAAAAGAGGAAGACAUCACCGAGGAGGAUGUAACCGCCGAGAUCGAGGACGCGCCGAAGAAGGACAGCCUCCGAAAAGGCAGUCAAGAAUUAACCGAAGAGGACGAAUACCUGAUUGUGGAAAAGGAGGAGGUGUACACGGAAGAUUCCGCGCAGAGCGGGGACGGUGAACAGAAGCACGUGUUGGACGAGGCCGAGUCGGAGAAGGUGAAAAUGUUGAAGGACAUGGAAACGGUGAAGGAGAAAGGUACGGAAGAAGAGGUCGAAGAGAAAGAAAAGGACGAAAGCGUGGAGAAGAAACUGAAAGUGAGGUCCAGAAAGGGUGCGGAAGAAGAGGAGGAGGAGGAAGAGGAAGCUGAGGAGGGUGAAGAGGAGGAGGAAGAAGAAGAGGAAGAGGAGGAGGAGGAAGAAGAGGAGGAAGAGGAGGAAGAAGAGGAGGAGGUUCACGAAGAAGAAAGGGAAGAAGAAGAGACUGCUGAACCUAUCGAUCUGUCGCCCGAUCGUCGCGAACGAUUGGAAGAAGAGAUGAAGAAGGACGCUAUCGUCGCGUCGCCGACAGACGCCGUACAACCGAGACACGAAGAAAGGGAGGAUUCUGUUAAGAGAGACAGCGAGGAUAUCACGAAGGAACCGUCCAGUUUGAGCCCGGACAAGUUCGAUUUAUCCGAGAAGAAGACCAGCGAUACCGAUUUGAAACCGGAAGCCGAUCAAAAGGAGCAAAUGCCAGAGAAGCUGGAGGAAUCGCAAGAACGCAUCUCGACCGUGGAAUCCGGUGCCACGACCACGGCGCCGACGCUCCCCGAAGACGAGCGUAUACCCAUGGACGAAAUAAAGGAGGACAUCGACGAGAAACACGUUAUCGAGGACGUGAAGGAGAAGGAGGCGCCGAUAAAAGCUAAAGAAGAAGAGAUCGCCGUGGCGGCCGUGACGACGAUCACCGGUGCUGUGGUCACUCCAACCCCAACUUCCGUCGGCCUCCCUACCGGAGUUGCCGUUUCCCGCACCGUCCCUACGGUCCCGGUUAAACCGGAUGUCCAACAGUUCGACGUCAGACAAGCCACGCAAAUGAUGCAACGCGACAUCGUCAAGACACCCGACGAAGUGGCCGACUUACCCGUUCACGAAGAGGUCGAUCCGAAAUUGUAUCGAAUGGAGGACUUCGAGAAAGAGAAAGAGGAGAAAGUAUCCCCGCCGAUACAGGAAGUCAAAGAGCCUCCCACGCCACCGAUCAAAGAGCAAAAGGGAGUGUUCAGCUUCUUCGGCAAGGUUGCCGAUAAAUUUGAAAAGGGUAUCGACAAGUUGACGAAGAAAUCGAAGAAGGAGCAGGACAAGGACACUGACGAUAAAUCUUCAUCCAAGUCCAGCUCGCCGAAGGAGGUGAAGGUGCAGGAGAAGACCCUUCUCGAAGAGGUCGACAUGGACAAAAUGUUCCCGAAAGUGACCAAGCCUGCCGAAAAGGUAGAAGCACCACCUGCUGAAAAAGAAACGAAGGUCGAUCUUAGAAAACCUUCGAUCGUCGAAGAAACUGCCUUGAAAAAGGAGGAGGUGAAACUCGAGGAAAAACCUGCCGUUGCAGUUCCCGAGGUUAAAGAAAAACCUGUCGUUGCAGUUCCCGAGGUUAAAGAAAAACCUGUAGAAGAACCAGUCAAGGAGGAGAAGGAAAUUAAACCCGUGCCUGAAUCUAAACCCGAAAUCGAACCCGAAAUUGUAUCGAAAACCGUACCCGAGUUGGAUCGCAAACCUGCACCCGCCACCGAGGAACUUGUAACAGGCGAAACAAAGGAUAUUGCUGUUGUCCCAGAAAAGAAGGAGAAAGAGAAGGAAAAAGAAAAAGAAAUAGAAAAGGAAGAAGAAGAGGUGGUCGAAGGAGUAGAAGAAGACACGGAGGAAAUAAAAGCAUUAUUGGAAGAAGCAUCAAAGAAAUUCAAGACAGUGAAGGAUAGCUUAAGAGAUUCUUUGGAGUCCUUGGAAGAGAAGAUCGUUGACGAGGAGCCUGAGGAGCACGCGGUUUCAGCUCCUCCAGUCAAGGACGUCGUUAAGGACACUUUGGAAGGAGUCGUGGAGAAACUGGAAGCGAUCAAGCCGCACAUUGAAACCGUAUCGACCGAGAGUAAAGAACCCGAGAAAGUAAAAUUCGACAUAGCAAAGGACGAAACUUUCGAAGCGGAACACGAAGUAAUAAGUCUGGUGACAGUCGCGGCCGAUGUUCCGGCUCCUGGUAUCCCGGUGAAGGACGUGAAGGAGGCGGUGCGCGAUGUCGGAGAGGUCCUCGCAGGAACCGCCGGUAUCGACAUCGAGGAGAAACCGAAAGAUGUCAUAGAAAUCGUGAAGAAGGUCGCCCAAGUAUUGAAAGAAGACGAUAUUCCGCUGGAAGUGUUGCUGGAAAAACCGGCAGCAAAAGAAAAAGAAAAGGAGAUCGUGAUCGAGAGCGAGGAUAAGAAACUCGCAGCGAUCGCGAUGCCAACCAAAGUCGGCGUUACCGAAGUAUUUCCCCAUCCGCAGGAAGAGAUCGAGGAGCUGGUCGAAGACAAGAUUGAGGUCGCGCCGUCGCCGGUUUCGAUCGAACCGCUUGAAGAACCUUGUGUAAAAUUAAGAAAAACCACGGAGGAGAUCCGCCCUCCGCCGGACGAGAAGGAGAAGGACGAGCGCGACGCGAAGCAGAUCUGCGAGGAGAUCCUGAAGGAAGAUUUGAAGAUUCCUGUAGGAAAAGAAGCUGCACCGCCGAGCAAGAAAGUCGAGCCUUUAAAAAUGGAUGUAAUGGAAGCUGGAAUAGAGGAUAUCUGCGUAAAGAAGCACACUGAAGCGGACGAAGAGGAGACUGUGAUCGGUUUCGAUCAGAAGCUUUCACCUGCGAAAGCGGAAAUCGUAACCGUUUCCGCAGGUUCUACACCAGCAUCCCCUAAAUUUAUCACCGAUAGAGAGAAACAAUUAGAGGGCCGCCGAAUGUCUGUUCAACUAGCGGCAGAAAUAAAAGCGAUCGUCGACAAAGCGGAUCGCACUGUGACAGAGAUCAUCGAGGAACUCGUCGUGAAAAAGAAGCGAAUCACGAUCGAGAUCAUCGAAUAUAUUAUCACGAUCAAACGAGUAUCACGGGAACGCAUAAUCUACAUGAUCCACGAGAUUAUCAUAAGAAAAGGACUUUCCGCGAAGGACGUUGUCGAGGAUGUUGAAAUGUUGAAGAUCGACGAAAAGUUGAUUUCGACGGAAUUGAGGAUGGACGUGGAAGAGCAUAUUUUCAACGAAUACAUUACAAAAGGAAUUCGUGUAAUCACCAUUCAAAUAAUCGAAGAAAUAUGCGUGAGAAUGAUCCUCUCCAGAACGAUCGUGAUUCGAAUCAUUCGGGAGAUCAUCUCGCGAAGGACGAUCGACAUUUCUGUUGCCCCGGACGUACCGCUGGAACCGGAAACAGAAACGAAACCAGAGAAGGAGGCAAGCCCGCCGUUGCCUGCUGAUGAGAAACUGGAAAAGGAACCAUCCCCGAAAUUGGAGGAAAAAGAAAAGGAGCCUUCACCAAAAUUGGAAGAAAAAGAAAAGGAACUUUCACCAAAAUUGGAGGAAAAAGAAAAGGAACCUUCUCCACAAUUAGAGGAAAAAGAAAAGGAACCUUCACCAAAAUUGGAAGAAAAGGAACCUUCUCCCAAACUGGAGGAAAAACAAAAGGAACCUUCCCCGAAAUUGGAAGAAAAAGAAAAGGAACCUUCACCAAAAUUGGAAGAAAAAGAAAAAGAACCCACCCCGAAAUUAGAAGAAAAAGAAAAGGAACCUUCUCCCAAAUUGGAGAAAAAAGAAAAAGAACCCUCACCGAAAUUAGAAGAAAAAGAAAAGGAACCUUCUCCCAAAUUGGAGGAAAAAGAAAAGGAACCCUCACCGAAAUUAGAAGAAAAAGAAAAGGAACCUUCUCCCAAAUUGGAGGAAAAAGAAAAAGAACCCUCACCGAAAUUAGAAGAAAAAGAAAAGGAACCUUCUCCAAAAUUGGAGGAAAAAGAAAAGGAACCCUCACCGAAAUUAGAAGAAAAAGAAAAGGAACCUUCUCCCAAAUUGGAGGAAAAAGAAAAGGAACCCUCACCAAAAUUAGAGGAAAAAGAAAAGGAACCUUCUCCAAAAUUGGAGGAAAAAGAAAAGGAACCGAACCAGGAAAAAGAAAAGGAACCUUCACCAAAAUUGGAAGAAAAAGAAAAGGAACCUUCACCAAAAUUAGAGGAAAAAGAAAAGGAACCCUCCCCGAAAUUGGAGGAUAAAGAAAAAGAACCUUCGCCGAAAUUGGAGGAAAAAGAAAAGGAACCUUCACCAAAAUUAGAGGAAAAAGAAAAAGAACCUUCCCCGAAAUUGGAGGAUAAAGAAAAAGAACCUUCGCCGAAAUUGGAGGAUAAAGAAAAGGAACCUUCUCCAAAACUGGAGGAAAAAGGAAAGGAACCUUCUCCAAAAUUAGAGGAAAAAGAGAAGGAACCUUCACCAAAAUUAGAGGAAAAAGAAAAGGAACCAUCACCGAAAUUAGAGGAAAAAGAAAAGGAACCUUCCCCGAAAUUGGAGGAAAAAGAAAAAGAACCUUCACCAAAACUAGAGGAAAAAGAAAAGGAACCAUCACCAAAAUUAGAGGAAAAAGAAAAGGAACCUUCCCCGAAAUUGGAGGAAAAAGGAAAGGAACCAUCACCAAAAUUAGAGGAUAAAGAAAAGGAACCAUCACCAAAAUUAGAGGAAAAAGAAAAGGAACCUUCCCCGAAAUUGGAGGAAAAAGGAAAGGAACCAUCACCAAAAUUAGAGGAUAAAGAAAAGGAACCUUCUCCAAAAUUAGAGGAAAAAGAAAAGGAGGAGGUUGAAGAGGAAGACGUAGAAGAAGACGGUUUUGUUCGCAUCGAAAGUAGAAGAGUUUCAAAAGACACGAUUUCCCAGUUGGACCAGAAACCGACAAAGGCACCUGCCGAUCGUCCGGAGCCGACUAAAGAAGUCGAAGAGAAACACGAUCGAGAGACUGAGAAAGAAGACGACUUCGAAGCGGUUGAGCAGGAGUUAAAAGUGCGCGAUGUACCAUCGAUCGUUUCCGACGAGAAGCGUGUAAUCGAUUCGUUGUCAGCUAAACCAGAUGAAUCCAGGGAACGAGAGGAAGCCGAGGAAGCCGUGGAAGAGGUUGGUGCCGACGUUAUCGAAGCUGAUGAAAAGUUCGUGCACGAGACAAAGGAGAAAGCGGAAAAGAAAGAUACAGGGAUCAUUGAAACGCGCAAAGAGGAAAUCAUUAGUGAAGAUAAGAAGUUGAAGGAUGUUGUCGCGAAAGCGGAAACACCAGCAGAAAUAGCGGAGUCUCUUGAUACCGUGGAGAAGUACUUGGAUGAAGCAAAAGAAAAGGAAGAGGAGCGAGUUGUUGGUAAAGUGGUUGAUAAGGAAAAACCAGAGGAAGUUAAAGUUGAACCUGAAGAGAAAAAAGAGGAUAUACCCGUUGGGAAACCUUCUGACCAAGUUGCAGCAAAGGAAGCAGCAAAACCAGAAGCACCUGUCGUCGCUGAAAAGGACAAGGAAAAAGAUAAACCAAAAGAAGAAAAAGCAGCACCGCUCGAGAAGGAAGCUGAAGUGAAGGAGGUACCAAAGGAUGUUCCAUUGACUAAAGCUGCCGAACCGAUCGUUGACGUUGAUCUUAAACCAAAAGAAGCUGUAAAAGAGAAGGAGGACGAAAAAGAGAAAAAGGAAGUUGAAAGUCCUGAAACAAAAAUCGAAAAAGAGAAAUCGAAAACUCCGUCGCCGGUUCGGGAAGAAGUAACCGAGCCUUCGAAGGAAUUACCCUCGCCAGCCACCACCCCCGCCACCAUCACUGCCAAAGAAACGCACGACGUCAAGGCGAAGCCCGAGGAAGACGCGGGAUUCGUUCGACGGAUGUUGGUGACAGCGAGCAGCGAGGACGGCGGACAAGAGACGGAAAUCUGCGCGACCGACAGCUCCGCGAUCAGCAAACCGAUCACCCCCGACGAUUCCUUGAAAGACACUUCGAUUAAAUCAACGCCCGAUAAAGAUUCUUUGAUUACCGAUAAAGAUUCGCUGCGUUCCGAAACGAGCAGUCCGGAGAAGGAUAGCAUCUCCGAGAAAUCGGCAGCAGAACUUAAAGAUGUUGGAAAAGUAACGCCCGAGGACAGCCUGGAAAAAUCACCGGUCGAUCGUUUCGAUUCCAGUUCCCACGAACUCGAAGACAGUUUGGAGAAGGCCGCAGUUGUUGAAAAACCGAAGGAACCGGAGAGCAUUCCCGUUUCCGUUUCCGUCAAGGAAGAGCUGCCUAAAUCUCCAAAGGAGGAAUUACCUAAAUCCCCAAAAGAGGAAUCGCAAUUGGAAGAGGCGAAGAAGAUCCCCGAAGUGACCCCGAAGACUGAAAAAGCGAUCGAAUCACCGAUCGCGGAGAAGGCGCCAGUCUCGGUCGAGAAACGCCUGAGCCUCGCCGAAAUGCUUGAUGCCGAAAUUCCCGCGGAGGAAAGGAAAACUUUGGACAUAGGAGUAGUAAAGUCACCGGAAUCGUUACGUUCGGAAGACGUAUCGCCGGCAGAGACGAUCUUCGAGAAAUCGCCAACGGACAAAAAAGAAACGACACAAAUUCUAGACGCGAUCCAAGACUUAGAACCAUCCGACGUAGUUGUUUCCACGACUGAAAAGUCGCCGAUCGAAGCAGCGAAGCCUGCAUCGAAAGAAGCGUCGCCUGAACGAGUCGAAGAAGAAAAAGUAAAAUCUCCUGUUGAGAAAAAAGAAGAGAAAGCAAUUGUUGAGACACCGCACGAGAAAAGUCCCGAAGCAGCUAAAGAUAAACCGCUGGCUAAAGAUGAGAAGGUGGAGGAAGGAGAAAAGGAAACGAUUGUCAUCGACAAAGAGAAACCCGAGGAGAAGGAUGCGAAGGUGGAGGAAAAGUCUCGUACUCCGAGCAUAACUGCACCAACUGCAUUAGAUUUGAAGGAAACAGUUGAAAAACAGCUGGAAAGCCCACCGAAGUCUGCUGUUGAGGCGAAGAUACCCGAAGUCGAUAAAGACAAAUCUCCGAGUAAAAUUGAAGAGAAAGUGGAGAAAGAAGAGGAAAAAGUAGAAACGAUAACAGACCUGAAAGCACCGAGACGCGAUUCGAAGUCGCCGAGUCCGGCGGAGUCGAUCGCCACGGAACCAAGGAAAUCCGUCACGGAAGAAUCAAAAUCUCCUAGUAUUUCCCCGGAAAAACCAGAGCCGAAAGUGCUCGAUAAAGAUAUCGAUAAGGAGAAGGAGAAGAAAGCGAUCGAAGAGCCUGUGAAAGUCGAUGAAAAGACGACGGAAGAGAAAAUAUCUCCGCCUACCGCGGACAAAGUAACCAAAGCAGACAAAUCACCUGUAGAAGAUAUCGUAAGCGCGAAAUUGCAGCCAGAGAUGGAACGGAAGGAAUCAGUUGAAACGUUGUUGAAAGAUGAUUUGAAGAAACCCGAGGAAGCGAAGAAAGUUUCUGAACUACCGAUCGAUACAGUCGAACCGAGCAAAGACACCGUUGAGGAAGCGAGUGGAAAAUCAAGCCCAGCUAGCGUCGCGAGUGUCCAUGACGAGGACUCAAAACCAUCGAUAGAUCGUUCGAAGUCCCCAAGCAUUGUUGGCGAAGCUGUAGAUUCCAAAGAUGUCGAGGUAAAGGAGAAAUCCAAGUCUCCUGAUGCAACGCCUGCUCCCACCGAUCUGAAAGAAACAGUAUCGCCGACUAUUACUGAAAAACCAACAGAUUUGAAAGAAGACAUCGUGGCGACGACGGUGGAGAAAUCUAGGUCACCCAGUGUAACGAGUCUUCCAGCAGAAUCAGCAGAUAUCAUAGAUCGUUCGAAAUUGCCAACCACAGUGGAUGAAGUUAUGGAGAAGAAAGAUGUAGAAACUGUUUCUGCUGCUGUAGAAGAGAGCAAAGAAGCGAAGGAGCGUUCGAAAUCGCCGAGCAUUUCAGGAGAAGCAGUCGAUUUAAAGGAUACUGUGGACGUGAAAGCGGUUGAAAAAUCUAGGUCGCCCUCAGAGGAGCUAAAGGACGUGAAAGCGGUCGAGAAAUCUAGAUCGCCCUCAGAGGAACCAAAGGACGUGAAGGUGGAUGAAAAAUCUAGAUCGCCUUCGGAGGAGCCAAAGGAUAUAAAAGAAGUUGAAAAAUCUAGAUCCCCUUCGGAGGAACCAAAGGACAUAAAAGAGGUUGAAAAGUCUAGAUCUCCCUCGGAGGAACCAAAAGAUGUGAAGGUAGAUGAAAAAUCUAGGUCGCCCUCAGAAGAGCCAAAGGAUGUGAAAGCAGUGGAGAAAUCUAGAUCGCCCUCAGAGGAACCAAAGGACGUAAAAUCAAUAGAGAAAUCUAGAUCGCCCUCGGAGGAACUAAAGGACGUGAAGGUGGAUGAGAAACCUAAAUCACCUUCGGAAGAGCCAAAGCUCACAAAAGAGGCUGAAAAAUCUAGAUCGCCCUCGGAGGAGCCAAAAGACGCGAAAUCAAAAUCACCGAGUAUCGCCGACGAGAUGAUCGAUGUAAAAUCGGCCGAAGAACCCACCGAUCGUUCAAAAUCACCCAGCAUUUCUACGGAAGACGUGUCUGCUAAAGAAGCAGAGCGAUCCAGAACGCCUAGUGUAACCAGCAUUCCUACCGUGGAACCAAAAGAAACCUCUGACAAGUCUAAAUCCCCCAGUAUCUCAGAAGAGCCAAUAGAAAAAAUCGUAUCUUCCGUUGUGACAGCUGCUGCUCCAGUCGUAGACGCGAAGGAAGGUUUAAAAUCGCCCAGCAUCGCAGGUGAACCGACCGAUUUGAAAGACCUCGACGCAGAAUCGAUCGAAAAAUCGAGGUCCCCCAGCGUGGCCAGCAUCCCUGCAGAAUCAAAAGAGCCAGACACCAAAGCACCCGAAAAAUCAAGAACACCGAGUAUAUCGAGCAUUACCGUAGAACCAAAGGAAAGUACAACCGCUUCGAAAUCGCCGAGCAUUUCCGGAGAAGCUGUAGACUUGAAAGACGUUGACGAAAAAGCAAUCGACAAAUCGAGAUCGCCAAGCAUAGCGAGUGUUCCCGCGACUGAGCCUAAGGAUUCGAAAGAACCAUCAAAGUCGCCGAGCAUCGCUGGUGAACCGGUCGAUUUAAAAGCUCUUGAAAAAUCUAGAUCUCCCAGUGUGACGAGUGUGCCCGGAGAAUCGAAAGAACCCACAGAUCGUUCCAAAUCUCCGAGUAUUUCAGGAGAGUCAGUCGACGAGAAAGCAGUUGAAAAAGCUACAUCUCCUAGCGCAGAAACUAAAGAAGAUACCAAAGAGCCUUCGAAAUCGCCGAGUAUCGUCGGUGAGUCAAUCGAUUCCAAAGUGUUGGACGUUAAAAUAGAAGAAAAGUCAAGAUCUCCCAGUGUGACGAGUGUUCCUGAACAGAAGGAAGCAAGCGAUCGCUCGAAAUCGCCUAGUAUUUCUGGAGAAGCGAUCGAGUCGAAGGAAGUUGACGCGAAAACGAUCGAGAAAUCUAGAUCGCCUAGUGUAACAGAUACCGUUGCUGUCAGCGCUGAUGUUAAGGAUUCAAAGGACCACUCGAAAUCACCGAGCAUCGCGAGUGAACCAGCAGACAUCAAAGAUGUCGACGUUAAAUCCGACGAAAAAUCCAGGUCUCCCAGUGAAGUUAGCAUUCACGGAGAGUCGAAAGAAGCGAUUGAUCGAUCAAAAUCGCCCAGUAUUUCUGGGGAGGUGAUCGAUUCGAAAGACGUCGAGGAAAAAGCAAGCGACAAAUCCAGGUCUCCUAGCGUAACUGGCGUUCCUGUCUCUGCUCCUGCACAGAAAGACUCGAAGGAACCUUCGAAAUCGCCGAGUGAACCUUCCGAAUCGAAGGAGCUCGACAUCAAAGUCGACGAAAAAUCCAGGUCUCCCAGUGUAAGCAGUGUUCCCGGAGAGUCGAAGGAAACGAUCGACGGUUCGAAAUCGCCAAGUGUUUCGGGAGAGCCGAUCGAUUCGAAGGACAUAGACGAGAAAGCUGUAGAUCGUUCUAGAUCGGCUAGCGUGGCGAGUGUUACCGCUACCGUCGAGCGGAAAGAUUCAAAGGACCGUUCGAAAUCGCCGAGUAUCGCCGAGGAAAUGGUUGAUUCGAAGGCGUUCGACGAGAAAGCAGCCGACAAAUCCAGAUCUCCGAGCGUGACGAGUCUAACAAGCGUAACAAGCAUAUCUAGCGCUCCAGUGAUCGAACCGCAAGACCUCAAAGACCGUUCGAAAUCGUCGAGCGUUGCCGAGGAACCCACCGAAAUGAAAAUUCUAGACGUUAAGAUCGGGGAAAAAUCAAGAUCUCCUAGCUUGACGAGUACUCCAGGAGAAUCGAUCCACGAAGAGGCGUUGGACAAAUCCAGAUCAUCGAGCAUCACGAGUGUUCCUGUAAUCGAAUCGAAGGAUGCGAAGGACGAUUCUAAAUUGCCGAGCAUCGCGUCCGAGAUUGCUGAUUUGAAGGAUAUUCACGCGGCGGAGGUAGCUGAAAAAUCUAGGUCCCCCAGUAUUGUCGGCGAAUCGAAAGAUGUUUCACCCACUGGAAUUCCAGCGGAUGCCAAAGAUAAAUCAAGAUCACCGAGCGUAUCCAGCGUUUCCGUCGAAUCGAAGGAAACGGAAGAUCGUUUAGAAAAAUCACCGAGCAUUCCCGAAGAAGAAAAAUCUAAAAUCCCUGGUGUAACCGAGGAUGCAAAGGAUCAUUCGAAAUCGCCGAGCAUCGCUGACGAGAUGACUGAUCUGAAGGACCUCGAUACGGAACCGAUUAAAAAGUCCAGAUCUCCCAGCGUAAUUAGCCCUGCGGAAUCGAAGGAGAGCGUAGAUGCUUCCAAGUCUUCGCCUACUUCCACCGAUGUGCCUGAGCCGAAACAGACGGACGCUAAAGUAACCGAUAAAUCCAGAACACCGAGUAUUUCCAUGGAAUCGAAGGAAAUCGCGGAUCACUCGAAAUCGCCGAGUAUUUCCGAGGAAAUAGUUGAAUCGAAACGCGUUGGAGAAGUUCAUGAGGUUGACGAGAAGGUAGUGGACAAAUCAAGAUCUCCUAGCGUGACGAAAGAAACGGUGGAUCAUUCGAAACUACCAAGUAUUUCGGGAGACGUCGUUGAUGCAAAAUCCGAGGAUAAAUCUAGAUCGCCGAGUGUAACUAGCGCUCCUGCGAUCGAACACAAAGAUUCGAGAUCGCCGAGUAUCGCAGCUGAACUGGCUCUUGAUGUUAAAAUAGCAGAAAAAUCGAGAUCUCCUAGUGUAACGAGUACUACAGGAGAAUCGAAAGAAGCGGAUCAUUCGAAAUCGCCGAGCAUUUCGGGAGAUGUUGUUGACGAAAAAGUAAUUGACAAAUCCAGGUCUCCUAGCGUGACCAGUGUGCCUGGAGAAUCGAAAGAAACAGCGGUUCAUUCGAAAUCGCCGAGCAUUUCGGAAGACGUUGUCGACGAAAAAGUGAUCGACAAAUCCAGAUCGCCGAGUGUGACAAGUGCUUCUGCGAUCGAGCCUAAGGAUUCGAAAGAACCAUCAAAAUCGCCGAGCAUCGCUGGCGAACCAGCAGAUCUAAAGAGCCUGGACGUUAAGACGGAUGAAAAAUCCAGAUCUCCCAGCCUGACGAGUACUCCCGGAGAAUCAAAAGAAGCAGCUGAUCGCUCAAAAUCGUCGAGCAUCUCCGUAGACACGGUCGAUUCGAAAGAAUCUAGUGACGUUAAAAAGACGAUCGAGGAAUCGAGGAAACUCAGCGUAUCCUCCGAAGCGAAGGAUAUCAGCGGAGUUGCAUCGAAAUCGCCAUCGCCGAGCAUCACCGGAGAGGCGAUCGAUUCUAAGGAUCUUGACGCGAUUACCAUUGAAAAAUCCAGAUCUCCCAGUGUAGCGAGUAUCCCGGAGAAACCGAGAGCACCGAGCGUUUCUUUGGAGCCGUCUCCUCCGAAAGACGCUAAACCCGAUAAGUCUGGAACGCCUAGCCCGUCGAAGGAAAUCACAGAGGAGAAAGAAAAAUCGCCUGAAAAAGAAAAAACACUCAAAGAUGACAAAUCUCCAUCCGAAAGUUUGCACGAAACCAAAGAUAUAACACGAUCGAUCAUCGAAACGGUUGUUACCGUCAAGAAGGAAGAAGAUUCGCAAAAAUUGGAGGAGAAGAAACCAUCAACGGAAGUGACGUUGGAGAAGAAAGUUGAAAUUGUUUCGAAAGCAGCAGAGAAAGAGGAAAAGAUGACAGACAAAAAAGAGCAAAUGUCUUUCGAACCGGGCGCACAAACUGCCUCGCCAGAGCAAAUGAAAGGACGGGCAUCAAAAGUGUCAAUCGAGAAAGAAGCCGAGAUCAAAAGAUACGUUUUAGAGAAUUAUGCAUCCAAAAAGAAGGAGAUCACAGCCUCUGCGAUAAAAGAAAUCUGUAGAAUUUACUCGGUGUCCGAAUCGUUGGUGAUAGAUAUCAUCGUGGACACGGUUUCCAUCGAAGAAUGCAUGCGUAAAGACAUAAUGGGUUUAGAUAUCAGCAGCGAGGGUAAACUAGGUAAAGCAUUCGCGGAGGAUAAAGCGAGUACGAGGAGCAUGAGUCCAAGUUCGGACCAGAUCCCCUCCGACAAAUCAACGCAGGAUAGUCCGGCACGUUCGGAACCGCAUAUCGACGAGGAGAUUACGAUAUCGGAGGAGAAGAGGACCGAGAUCGAGAAGCUUGUAGAGGAGGAGUACGUUAAAAAGGGGAGGAAGAUCACAGAGUUGAUUUUAGAAGAGAUAAUCAUAAGAUCCUCUCUGCCCCGGUACAUUAUUUUGGAGAUAAUCGAAGAGAUCAUUUGGAAGAGGAAACUCUCGCGAGAGACCGUGAUAGACAUCGAGAUCUAUCAAGAGGAAGUCAACGACGAAGAGGUGAAGGCUGCCGACGCCGCUAUCGUCGCCGCUUACGAAAGAGGCGAGGAGCAACGCUUCCGUCUCGACGCUGGAAUUAAACCUUCUUCCACUUACGAUUACAAGGUAUCCGAGUACUCGGAAGACGCGGCCAAACGACGCUCGAUAACCGACCAUCCGGCCAGUUACGAGAGUCAAUUCCAGAAAGCGUUCGCGUCUGGAAUGACCGAAAUACGUACAACUCACAUUACCACACUGUCAGGUAAAUCAACGCCAGAUCUGACCCGCGACGGAACACCAGAUUCCACCUCUGAACCCACGGCUUCCACCGUCGAGAGGGUCGAUGAUAAAUCAAUCGGAGGUGCUGCUAGAAAAUCCGAUCUUGCCGCUUCACCGGACGAAGAUACCAUCUGUACGAUACGGACGACGAAAACCUCGAUCGUCCAGGAACCAGUGGAAAAGCGUACCACGCAGAUGGUCACCGUGUUGAAGGAGAGCAAGAUCGGUGAACCGGAAACUAUUCUAGUCUCCGAGGACUCGAAGCAAAGCAGGAAAGUAAUCGAUUGGGAGGAGCAGGAUGAACCCGAGACGAUUCAUAGGAUCGUAAGGCGGGAAAUUAUCGAACAGGAGGAACCGGUGGUGAUUACCAAGGUUAUCAAGCGCGAAGUGAUCGUACCCGAAGAUGAAGUUCUCGAGAAGGAGGAUCUGGAAGAGUUGAAGACGACAGUGACGAGCGGGGAAACGGUUUCCCGGCUGAUCGAAACCGUCAAGACUGAAGCAAAGAAAAUUCUGGUUACUGAGAAAUUAGACGAAGGAAAAAGUUCGGUAGCCGAUACAUCUUCUUCCGUCGAGAAGAUUAAAAGCAGCGAAGAAGUUGUAAAAGAAAAAGAAGUGAAAGGAGGAGAAAUUGAAGCUAAGGAAAAGAAGGUACCUGGAAAAGUAGAGAAAAGUGCCGUCGCUUCCGACAGCAGCAUCCUUCAUUCUCAACUUCCCGAACGAACUUCUACUCCCGAUAGAAGACCCGACUGCAGAUCGUUAACAGGCACGCCGGAAGGCUUCCGAUCAGGCGAGGUAAUCAGGACCAUCAUCACCACCACGAAGACGGUGUCCGACGAUGGCGAGAUCGUAACAACUACCAGGGAGGUCACGGAAACGACCAACGAGAAAGGUGAAACGAUAAUUUUGGCGGAGAAAGUUGACGUGAAGGUAGACGAAUACAUACCCAGCAAAGAUUGCAUCGAACUGCAUCCACACGCAAUUGAGGGUACAUCGAAGACACCUGCUUUGGAGGAUACGAAGAAAGAAAAGGAAACGGAGGGAAAGCCGAUCGAAUUCACCGCGGCUGAUAUGAGUAGCAGCAUUUACGGCCAAUUACCCGUUGUCCCACCCGAAUCCGCUCCCGUUAAAACGCUGGACACCGUUCGCAAGAGCACCGAUCCCAUUCCCAUCAAAACUGAUCAGGAUUACUCGUUCAAACGAUUCACCGUGGAGAAAGAGUACGCCGGUGCGUACGAGGAGAAACACGAAGCGAAGAAGUACAUCGACGAUGCUGAUCUCGAUUUCGAGAAAGCCCUGAUGGAAAAGAAGGAAACGAAAGAGUCGUCGCAGAGGUACACGAACGGUAGCGUUCGAGGAGAAGGUUCCUCCGAGAGGACCGUGCCCCAGGACGCUGCUAAGGAAGAUUCAAAGAAGGAUUCGAAGAAGGAUUCGAAGAAAGAUCCCCUGGAGGGCUGGGGUACUCCUUUGGGUCUUCCUUCCCCUAAACCACCCCAUAAAUUUAACUUGAAGAACACUGUACCGAGUACAAGUUUCGCGGUACCAUCCAAUUCGACCCAACACCUUCCGACAACUUCCAGCAUCGAAAACGAUGUGCGACUAAACGUCGAUGUAAUUAGCGACUGGGACGAACCGCUUGGAUUACCUUCUCCGGCUCCCGUGACCAACGAAAUGUCGAACAAGGCCGCGCCAGGAACACCGAAGAAGGAAAAGAAACAAGCGAGAAAAGUGUUGUCGGAGAACUUGAAGAACAAGAAACGCUCGGAGAGUCCUGCGAAGAAUGAGAAGAAGAUCAAGGAUUCGAAGAACAAGAUUCAACCGGUGUACGUUGAUUUAACCUACGUUCCUCAUCACGGAAAUUCCUAUUACACUUCGCUGGAGUUUUUCAAGAGAGUCCGUGCAAGAUAUUACGUAUUCAGCGGUACUGAACCGAGCCGAGAAGUGUACGAUGCAUUGCUUGAAGCUAAACGGACUUGGGAAGACAAAGAUCUCGAAGUGACCAUGAUACCAACUUACGACACGGAUACUCUGGGAUACUGGGUGGCCGACAACGAAGAGGCCCUAGCUGCGAAUCACAUAGACCUCUCCCCAUCGGCAUCCCGUUGCACCAUCAAUCUCCAAGACCACGAGACUAGCUGCAGUGCCUAUAGACUCGAAUUCUAGGGAUUGGCAGCCUGCUCAGCCGUGAUUGUCGAGUUCUGAGCGGAGCCCGAGGUGUAACACCGUCGCUUUUCGUUUACGGACUCGUUUCCCGUCGAAUUGAUCGAGUACGCGCCCCGUCUUACACUCUGUUGUGCCUAAAACUGUGUGCGCGACUCCUGAAACUCGGCGAUAGCUUCGCUCUUAAGUCUUAAGGGGAGGCGACAACCGUUUAGGACUUUCAUUCAAUUUCCUUUGUUCGCACAUAUUCGAUUGGAAAGAAAAAGAAUGCAAAAUCACCUUCGACCGGUAAAACGGGCUUGGAUUGUUAAGGCUCGUUUUAUCGGUCGAGCACCGGUUUCAAAAGUCACAUUUCUUUUCGAUGCUUGACGAUUCCUAACGUCCUAUAAAAGACGUCGUCAAUUUUCCAAACGUUUCUUCGCGAAGCUAAAGAACGCGCAAAAUGCAACUCUGAGAAGUCUCUCCUUGAUACCGAAUAUUGGACAAAUGAUUUUUUAUAUGUCGAGUAAAGAAAACUAAGCUGCAUCAACUAUACUAAACAAUCAGGCAGUCACGAUGAAAAGAAAGAAACGACGUUGACGGCGAAGAAGAAUUCUUCGUAAAUUUCUAAAAUUUCUGUCAUUCGAGAGGUUAAUUAGAACUAUUGUUAUCUAGCCUGAUACGUGUUCCACGGCAAGUUUCCGUAAUGACAAUUAAAAAAUCAACUUUCUUGUUGUAAGUGUCUAUUCGUGUAUAGGUAACCGACUAAUAUACUUCCGGAUGUGUUAUAGAUAGGGAUUAUCUGUGUCCUAUUCACCUAUACCGUAGAGUGUAGAGGAUAGAGAUUCGAUGAGCGGUGAGUUGGAAAAAAAGGACGUGUCGGCUAUCAAUUGAACGAACUAAACGGAAGCGAAAGAAAAAGGUUUCUCGCGUUAAUGAUCGUCAUCGGUACAUGUACCGUGUUCUAUUUCGGAUACGUCACUCGAAUCCAUCUAGACGAGAAUUUAGCGAGGAAAGUCUUGGAUAUCUAGCGAAAAGCGAAAAACCGCGUCGCGUCGCGGUACGGCGAUAAAUAAACUCGUACAACAUCCAUCCAGCGGACAAUGUCCACGUUCGAUAAUUUUAUCCGAGCGAAAAUCUCUGAUUCACGGUGCUCCGUUUCGUUUGGGGAACGCCGGGAACAGAGCUGAUCGCUCCCCUAACGAAUUCCUUUGUAGAUAUUUUGUAGAAAAUCGAUAUUUCAUUUGAAACAAAUGAAAGAGAUACUAAUUCUGACGAUGAGAGUGAGACAAGCGUGAAGCGAACAUGAUACACGCACCAUUUUGACACACGACCAAACGAUUAUUGCGCUGCUGAUUCUUGUCGGUUAAUAAGAAUUUUUAACAAACCGAAUAUACUUAUCCGAUGUACGGAUAUUAUUACACUUUCUUCGGAUCUCAUAGAGUCUGACGAUUCUGAUAUUUGCCCUCGAAAAAAAGAAAAAAAGAAAAAAUACGUACGACUAAUUAUUCUUUUCGACGCGUUACUGUUAUCGGAACAGGCACUGUCAAAGAAACUAUUCGACUAACAACGUUCAACACCGCGACGAUUCAGUUUUUCGUACUUAUACAACUCGUCUUUCUGUUGCAUCGCAAUGCCGAAACGCGAUACGUUGCAUUCGAGCAACUAUUGCUUCAAUUGUCACGAUUAUAUCUGGUGACGGCAAUGACGACGACAAUGACGAAGACAAUGACGACGACGAGGACGACAACUAUGAUGAUGUUGAGAGAAUGAUGAUAUUGAUAAUGUCGAUGGGUGAUAACGCAACCUAACGACGACAAGGACGAUGAUGAUGAUGAUGAUGAUGGUGAUGGUCAUAAUAAUGACAAUGACAAAGACGAAGACGACAACGACGACGAUGAUGACAAUGGUGAUAAUGAGUGAUUCUAAAACAUGAUUAAUAAUCGAUAAUAAUCAAAGAAUGAAAUAAUCGUUUUACAGAUUAACCGCAGCGUGAUAGAUUGUGACAAUACAUGCUUGAAUAUGUUAUGUUUUUAGUUAUUUUAUAGCGAAAGAAAAAGGGACAGUGAAAGUUAAUAAAAGAAUGAAAAAUGUUGUCGUCGAGCGACGGGUCAUUGCCUAAAAUAAUGUACACCGAUUUCUUUUGGAAAUUUACAAUAAUCGUAUUUGCUUAUCCGACGACGAUGUUCUAAUAACAAACGAGAGUUGAACAAAGAGAAAAAGCCGUGCGAUUCUCUUACGGCUUACGGCUUAUAGUGAUUUCGAGUUCGAAUAAAUCUUCUAAUUAGCGUA